UUCAGACAUGAUUGUGUUGUUGAGUGUUCUUGUUAUUGACUCGUGACUUCUGAGAAUUCACCGAGCGUCGAUUGAUCUGCAAUGCAAUCGCUGGUUCGAUCAUCGGACGCUAUUGUUAAAACAAUAUUUCCGAAGCCACUGAUCAAGUGUCAACACAAAUACAUUCAGCCACCGAGAAAUUCUGUUAAAAGAUAUUUGUCAGUGAGUCGUACAGUGUCAUCAUCUGUAAAUCAUCAUAGAAAAAUGCCGGAGACAGCAACGUCCCACAGAAUGAAUGGAUACGCUAAUGGACACGCGCCACCUGAACUCCAACAGGCAACGACAUUCCUCUUCACCUCGGAAUCCGUCGGAGAGGGUCAUCCAGACAAAAUGUGCGAUCAAAUCAGUGACGCCAUCCUGGAUGCCCACUUGGAGCAGGACCCAGAUGCUAAAGUCGCUUGUGAAACUGUCACCAAAACUGGAAUGAUUCUCCUGUGCGGUGAGAUCACCUCCAAGGCAGUGGUGGACUACCAGAAAAUCGUCAGAGAUACAGUCAGUCACAUCGGGUACGACGACUCGUCAAAAGGAUUUGAUUGGCGCACGUUGAACCUUUUGGUGGCGAUCGAACAACAAUCACCCAAUAUCGCAGACGGUGUACAUGUGGACAGGGAAGAGAAGGACUUGGGUGCCGGUGAUCAGGGAUUAAUGUUCGGUUAUGCAACCGAUGAAACGGAUGAGUGCAUGCCACUCACUGUUGUAUUGGCCCACAAACUCAAUCAGAAGAUUGCUGAGCUCAGACGAAGUGGGGAAUUAUGGUGGGCAAGACCAGACUCGAAGACUCAAGUCACAUGCGAGUACAUGAUGGAUCAGGGUGCUUGUGUGCCAGUUCGUGUGCAUACUGUCGUUGUUUCACUUCAACACAGUGAAAAAGUAACACUCGAUGAACUUCGCAGAUCUGUUAUGGACAAGGUCAUCAAGGAAGUCAUACCAGCUAAAUACCUCGAUGAGAAGACUGUUUUCCAUGUGAAUCCUUGUGGACUUUUUAUUAUCGGUGGACCACAGGGCGAUGCUGGUCUCACUGGGAGAAAGAUAAUCGUUGAUACCUACGGAGGAUGGGGUGCACACGGUGGUGGUGCAUUUUCAGGAAAGGACUUUACUAAAGUCGACAGAUCAGCUGCUUAUGCUGCUAGAUGGGUGGCCAAGUCUCUGGUUAAGGCUGGCCUCUGCAGGCGCUGUCUCGUUCAGGUUUCAUAUGCCAUUGGUGUUGCUCAGCCCCUGUCCAUCACAGUCUUCGAUUAUGGUACAUCAAAGAUGUCUCAGGAGAAGCUGUUGGGAAUUGUCAAUAAAAAUUUUGACCUUCGCCCUGGAAAGAUUGUCAAAGAAUUGAACCUUCGGCAGCCAAUCUAUCAACAGACUAGCACAUACGGUCACUUUGGGCGAGAUGGCUUCACCUGGGAGCAACCGAAACAACUCAUUCUCGAUUGAUGAGAGGAUAUCCUCUAAGAUGAAUGCUGGAAGAAAUGAAAUGAAGAGAUAAAUAAAUCCUAUCGAUCCAUCAUGUUAAAUGUUACAUUAUAAAUGCAGGAGCCCCUCGAAUACGUUAUCAGCUGAUUAUUAUAAAUAUAUUCUCACUCACAGUCACGUUAAUUCAGAUAAUUAUCAAUUUGUCUUUGGUUCAGCUUUUACGUUCGUCAGUUAAUAAUUUAAGUAGAUUGCGAUGAGUGAGGAUUUUUUUAGUGGUAGAUUUAUUUGGAUUUGAGUACAAAUUAAAAUGGCCCCUCGAUGUUGGAAGCAUAAGGCAGAGCUCAAAAUGUUGCACAUCCCCUUUUCAUUUGGUAUUUUAUUUUUUUUUCUUCGUAUCAGUUAACUGACAGUCCCCCUCAAUUUUAAGUAUCGUGUAAGUUUGUGUAUAUAAAAUACAGUGAAAUUGUCUCUUGUUAUAGUAGAUCGAAAUGCGAAUGGGUAUGAAAUACCGCUGAGAGACAUUGGGAUCAUUGUGGGAGUUUAUAAUGUGAAGAGUAUUUUAAUUUUAUCUCUCUCUUUCUCUCUGCAGAACAAAACAGUUCGAUAUUUUCUCGAAAUUAUAUCCUAUCCAUUUGUACAGUAGUAAACGACUCGAGACCAAUUCAAUAUCUUCACUUAGUAGCGCUUUAUCUCGAAAAAUAUUUGUUUAAUGGAAAAACUGAUAAUAACUUUUUUUGCAGGCGAUUAAAUUCUCCACAAAAAAGGUCUCGUACUGUUUCCUCCUGAAACCAGUGGUUUCUGACGUAAAUUAAUAUUUUAUGAAGUUAACUUCGUCUACAGUUACUACUUUGCUGCUGAAUUUAAUUUUAUGACCAAUUUUGACUUUUUUUUUGGAAUCAUUGGAAUUAUUUGACAUUCGAAAUGAAUUAAUUGUCUCAGUUACAAUGCAACGAGAGGGAGUGCAGAGUCUCUUUUAUGUUUUUUGAAUAAACAAAAAAUCAUGGUUAAACGUGGAUUUCAAGAGAAUAUUUUUUAAUAAAACUAAAAAAUCCAGUGACACGCCGAUUUGUAAAGAAAAAUUGUUGGUGUCUACUGGAAAGCCAUAGAAAAUGUGUAAAAAAUAGUCCCCAAUUAUUCGUCCCAUCAGUGGACUCUGAUUAAACAGAGCUAGAAGUGAAUCACCGUAGCUUUGUACUCAUGAAUUGAGAAUUGAUGUUGACUACGAAUUUAUAUGAAGCUUGAUGUUUCAUCAAACCAACGGCGAUAUUUGUAAUUGGAAAAUUGUCAUAGAUUAUUAGAUAAUUUUCAUCGACGUUUUACCGAUAUAAUAAAUCAAUUAGAUUAGCCUGAUCAAUGAUUAUGUGAAAAUUACAGCGUCAAAUCGACAAACUAUGAAAUAAAUACGAGAGAAAUGUCAAA